UUAGUUAUGGGCUUUAGGGUUUAUGGUUAUGUUUAUCUCUAUAUAUUGUAAUGUUGAAUAGAAUGAAGAAUGUAAUUUCAGUUUUAUCCCUAAUUCUCUUUGGUUUUUAUCACGUUAUCAGCACGAUGAUUCUCCACUGGAAUUUACCGGCCAUCAAUUGCUCACAUACUGUUAAAAGUGAGCUUGUUAAAAGGAACGUUCAUGUCGGUUCUGUGCACUGCCCCCUUUGCGAUUCGGGAGAUGAUUCUGUAGUCCAUUUAUUUGCGGCAUGUUCAGUCGCUCAGGAGGUGUGGUCGGCUAUCGGUCAUUGGUGUCGGCUCAGCCCUAUUAUAGCGUUUGAUGUUACUGAUUUGCUGCAGACCUUUAAAGGCGCAGAAGGAGGGAAAUGGGGAAAGAUCAUCGCUCACGACAUUAUCAUGGUUUCUUGUUGGUGCAUUUGGCGAGCAAGGAACGAGAGCGUGUUUCAAGAUAAGAAGACCUCAGAUAGAAUUGUGAUUGCUAACAUUACACGAUUGGCUUUCCUUUGGUGUAAACAUAGGUCCAAGUUUAAGGAUUUGUCGUGGGAAAACUGGUUAAAAUCGCCAUUGUAUAUGUUGUAAUGUGCCGGUAGUCCUUG